GUUUGUUGGUAUUAAGCAAGAAAAUGGAUCAUGGGUGGUGUUCCAACCUUCCUGAUUGCCUGAGCUCUGUCCCCCUUAAUAAGUGCACCAAUCUGCAGGCAACCCAUUUGCAUGUUAUCAGUGGAACUGCCGUUGUUCGUCGCUGGAACCUUGGCCGGCAAAGUCCCGGAAAACCAGCUUCAAUCCAUCUCUACAGUAGCACCUCAACUGAUCCUGCAAAUGGGAAAGCUAGAUUGAGUGAGCAAGCAAACUUGAGAAAUGGCAGGAAAGCUAAACACAAUGGGGAGAACACCAUAAUUUACAGGAUUAAGUUCCAAGUAGAUCCAGAAUUUGGAGUACCUGGAGCUUUUAUCAUCAAAAACCAUAACAUAAAUGAGUUCUUCCUUAUCUCUGCUACUCUUGAGUUACUCGAUAAUCAUCGGAAAAUUCAUUUCGACUGCAACUCUUGGGUUUUCCCAAUUAGUAAGACAAACUCCGGCCGCCUGUUCUUCUCUAACUCUUGUUACCUUCCAAAUCUUACACCAGAAGCUCUAAGGCCAUUGAGGGAAGAAGAACUUCAUAGCUUGAGGGGGAAUGGAACUGGAGAAAGGAAAGAAUGGGAUAGAAUUUAUGAUUAUGAUUACUACAAUGAUCUUGGAAGUCCAGAUAAAGGCCAUGAAUAUGCAAGACCAGUCCUUGGUGGAACAGUAAAGUACCCAUAUCCUCGACGAGGAAGAACAGGCCGUCCUCUUACCCAAGAAGAUCCUUUGACAGAGAGUAGACCAGAAAUCAUGCAUCUAGACAUCUAUGUUCCUCCAGAUGAGAGAUUCAGUCCUCAGAAAAUGUCAGAGUUCAUAUCAAAUUCAAUUCAAGCAAUCAUACAUUUCUUAAUCCCUGAGGCGAACGCAUUGCUUAAGAAUGAAUCCGGCAGUAUCGACUCAUUCAAGGAGAUACAUGACAUGUAUUACAACAACAACAACAACAACACAAAUAAGGUGUUGGAAGGGUGGGUAGCAGAGAAAAUGAAGAAAUUCGUUCCAGAGGACCUAGUCAAAGAGAUCAAUAAAAUUGCAAGUAAUAAACAUCAUCAACAAGUGAAAUUUCCACUUCCUCAAAUUAUAGAAAAGAAUGAAAUGGCUUGGAAGGAUGAUGAAGAAUUUGGACGAGAAAUGCUUGCAGGGGUUAAUGCAGCCAAAAUCGAACUCUUAAUGACAUUUCCACCCCAAGGUAAAGAUGGCAAGAAGAGUAGCAUAAAGGCAGCACAUUUGGAGGGCAAUUUGGAAGGUUUACAUCUUGAUGAGGCAGUGAGACAACGCAGGAUAUUCAUCUUGGAUCACCAUGAAUACCUCCUUCCAUUCCUAGAGAGGAUAAACAAACAGGAGGUCUGUGUGCAUGCAUCCCGGACCCUUCUGUUCUUGAGGAACAAUGCAACCCUAAAGCCGGUCGCGAUCGAAUUGAGCUUACCAGGCUCUAAAGAAGGUGAAGUAACCACUCGAGUAUUUCUACCAGCUACUAUUGGCACCGAAGCAUCAUUGUGGCAUCUUGCAAAGGCUCAUGUUGUAGCUAAUGAUUCUGGUUACCAUCAAUUAAUAAGCCAUUGGUUAAAGACACAUGCCGUUGUCGAGCCUUUUAUCAUCGGAACUAGAAGGCAAUUGAGUGUGAUGCAUCCGAUUCACAAAUUGCUUGACCCUCACUUCAAAGAUACCAUGCAUAUAAACGCGCUUGCUCGGAGCAUCCUCAUCAACUCUGGUGGAAUUCUAGAGAAGACAAUGUUCCCUGGCAAGUUAUCAAUGGAGUUGUCUUCUGCACUCUACAAAGAUUGGAACUUUAGGGACCAAUCUCUUCCAAAUGAUCUUCUCAAGAGACAUCUAGCAUUUGAAAAUGAGGAAAGCCCCACAAGAGUGCAACUUCUCUUUGAUGACUAUCCUUAUGGUGCUGAUGGGCUAGAGAUUUGGAAUGCCAUCAAGAAAUGGGUGAAGGACUAUUGUUUGAUCUACUAUAUCACCGACGAUGACGUCCUUUCUGAUGUAGAAAUCCAAGCAUGGUGGUCGGAAAUUCGAAAUACAGGUCACGGCGACAAGCGAAAUGAGAAUUGGUGGUACAAAAUGGAUACCAUUUCUGACUUAAUAGAAGCUCUAACUACUCUUAUAUGGAUUGCUUCAGCAUUUCAUGCCUCUGUGAACUUUGGGCAAUAUGGUUACGCCGGCUAUCCUCUCAACCGUCCGACGCUUUGCCGGAGAUUUAUUCCGUUGGAAGGGACAUUAACAUUUGCAGAGUUCCUUAAAGACCCAGAAAAGUACUAUUUAAAGACGUUGCCUCGAAGAUUUGAGAUGACUCUAAGUGUUGCACUGAUAGAAGUCCUCUCAAAGCACACAACUGAAGAAGUGUAUUUGGGUCAGAGUAGAUCAAUGGAAUGGACAGACAAUGAAGCUGUCCAUAAAAAGUUCAAAAAAUUUGCAGAGAAUCUACAGAUGAUAGAAAAGAGAAUCAUUGAAAGGAAUAAAAAUCCCAAGCUUAAGAACAGGUUUGGACCUGGAAAGAUUCCAUACACACUGUUAUACCCUGAUACAUCUAAUCUGAACUCCAAAGGUGGAAUUACAGGGAAGGGAAUUCCUAAUAGUGUAUCAAUUUAGUUGUUCUCAUAUGGGUUUUCUUCUU